AUGCCGCUCGGUAUCUCGCCGCGACAGCGACUCGAGGCGCUUCUCGGCGUCACAUAUAUGGUCCUCUCGGUGCUUGGCGGUCUUGCGUACCUUUGCGUCUUGGCGCAAAGCUCCAGCAACGCUCUGUGGUGGCCAAACUACAACGCGUCUGGGUACGAAGCCUUUCUCAUCGAUUUGGUCAACCAGAUUCUACCCGUGGACCCAUCGGGCUCGUGGGACCUCCGUCGCCCCGACGCGAUGGUGCGGAAGACGUACGACGCGAGUGUUGGCGCCAUGACGCGCAUCUACCCGCCGUACAUCCACAGCCUCCUCGUUUCAUCGCGAUUGACGUCGCCUGCCUUUGUCAUUCCAAAGCUGCGGGCACUCACGCCGUUUUGGAGCAUGCGCAUCAACGUGCCGACGUGUUGGGUCGACUUUAACCAGACGUUUGAAAUGGCGCUGACAAUCGCGCGCCAACUUCGGUGUGCGCGGCGCUAUCGGCACAACGCGGCCGUGUACCUCGAAGCUGUCGGGCGCAAUCAAGUGUGGUCCGACUACAUGGCCAUGUGGGGCACGCCGGGGAGCUACUUUGACGUCGCCGUUCAGCAAGGGCUUAGCGCGUCCGCGGCCGGUCGGACGUGGCUGGCUGACGUGUCGAUUGCGUCCCGAACGACAACGAUAGCAGACGAAGUCGCAUAUUGGCAGUCGCACCACCUCACGACCUUUGAGCUCCAAUGGCAAAACCGGUGGCUCACAAGCAUCUCCGAGACACUCACGCUCACCAAUGUGUUUGGUUUCCAUGAGGCGCUGCCACUCAAAGUCCAUCCGCUCGUCGCGGGCUCGUGGUCGUCCCAGACCAUGAACUGGAUGCCGAUCCAAGUUGCAUUCAAUGCGAUGAUCCUCAACCGCAGCAUGGUGCGGGGUACAGCGCGGUACUUUGGCAUCAACGCGACCGAGUUGCCGGCCAUCAAUUUCGAGACCUACCGCGGUCUCGCCGACGCCCAUGGGCAGCUUGUCGGCCAAGCGGCUUUGUUUCACGCGACGAUUGGCCCGUACUUUAACGUCGAUACGCGUGUGUUUCCCAUGGUGCCCGAGCUAUCCAGUGCGUACAACACCUUUUACACGGCACUCUUUGAGCGCCUCGACGCCUCGAAAGAGCUCUUAAAAGCCUUCCAGGCCGUCUCGCCGCUACAGCUGGCGCCUCUGCCCGCAUCCUGGCGCAACGCGACGCACUACUUUGGAGGCAAUCCCAUGUGCACCCACGGUGCCCCCACUGCGUUUGUGCAAGCGCCGUUCUCCUUCUUCGACGACUGCAACCAUCUGCGCCCGUUUACCGUCCAUUUCCAACCCGUGACAUUGCUCUUUGCGCUCCUGGCCGCCAACGCGACGCUGCCCGAGAUCUGUGCCUUGCAGACAAACGUGGAGCCUUUGGCUUGCAGCGACGCGCUGGCGGCAUCCAUAAGCGUUCUAGCGGACCUCGCCUUGCCUGCGUCCGUGCUGGCCGCUAUCGACAGGGCACGUCCCGCACUCGAUGCCGCACAGAUUAGCCUCAUGCAGUUUGCCCAGCGACGAAGCGCAAAUGCGUCGUGGGCGCUGUUGACAGCACCGCUGGUGUCGCACGCGAUGUCGCGCGGCUGGUUGUUUUACGGCUGGGGUCUCUUGCUUGAAUGGGCCACCGGGUCGCGCGAAGUCGUAUCGUUUGAAGGCAACCACGCGACGCUCGUCCUCAUCUCGGAUGCGUACACCGGCGAGCCGUUUGUGAUGAGCAACAACAAGCCGCUCGACGACGCCACGCGUGUGCUCUACUACCUCGUGGUCUACAGCGCCGGCAUGCUUGCGAUCAUCGGACUCUAUAGUGCGCUCUAUGCCAUCCGCUUGCGCUUCCAUCUCCUCGGUCGCAACCUCUUCUUCUUCAACCGCAUCGCGGGCUCCAUCUGGGUCGGCUGGCCCACGCUCGUCUUGCGCGGCUUGAGCGCGAUAUUGAUGCUCAGCACGUCGCAGCUCUCGCUUGUUCAAGUCGGCGACUACAGGCGGCUCGUCUUUGCACCGCGCCCGCUGUGGCAGACGCUUCUCGUCGCGGGCGAGGCAACGUGGGUCCUGUACGUCGUCACGGACAUUCUUCUCGUGAGUCUGCCGCACCAAGAAACCGUACGCGUGUACGGACCACUUGGCAGUCUCGGCGCGUUCAUCGUUCUCGUGGGUUUCGAGAUGAGCAGCCCGAUCCAAGCGACGCUCUCGCUGCAACGCGACUGCACCAUGCAAAACCUGGACUAUGCCAUUAGCUGCACUGCCGGCGCGCUGCUUGUUGGCGACAAAGCCCGUCUCGGUACACUCGUUGGUGCGCAGCUCGUGGUUCUCUUUAUCGCCAUGGCCGCGACGUACGCCCUGCGGCGACGCACGCAUCGCGCCACGGCGUUAAAAGACGUCAGCUUGCUCCUCUCGGGGCUUCCGGCGGCGCUGCUGACGCCGGCGCAUGCGCAGACGGACAAGUACGACGCUGUCUCGUGUGUCCUCUGCGGCAUUGUACCGUUCACAUGGCGAAAGCGUAGAGAGGUGUUUCACUUGAUUUCGUGGGGUGUUCUGCAAGAUACGAUUGCGCGAAGCCACUGCAACCUCUCGCGGGUGUCGGCAAUCGGCCUUUCGAGCCGCGCCGCGAUGGCUUCGCCAUGUAUGCACCGGCUCGGACCGCGCUUACCGCGCCGCCUUGGGCUACUCGAGCGUGGCAAAUAUGUGAAAGUGGCGCUCGGCGGCUGCUUCAUGGUGGUUGCCAUCACAAGCUCAAUCUCGUACUUGCAAGUCGCCAAGGCGAAUUUGGCCAACGACUUUUUUUGGGCCACGUUUGAGAUGACAACGACCCACAGUUUCUUUGGCAGCUGGCUCAACGAACAACUUGUCUUGCGCGUCGCGGACAGUGCGCUGGACGCGACGCACGGUCGAUUGAACCUCCUUGGCACCAACAUCGCUACAGUGUCUGCGACAACGACGUAUGGGGCAACGCUUGCCUAUGGCGAGCUGAGUAUGAUCGAAGCAUCGAUCGCAGGCCUUCGCGUCUCGGAUGCAUGCAACGCGCCCUGGAUCUUUACACCGUACUGCUACCUCGACUGGAAGAAAACGUGGCCCAUGGCGUACUCGCACCAGCGCCAAAUGCGAUGUCAGAAGAUGGAGUCGAACGCUGCCGUGUACCUCGAGUCGGUGCUGCGCAACAUUGACUGGGCGACCUUUGAGUUUUGUUGGGGCAACGCCUUUGAGACAGCAUUUGGCGUUGAUCUGCGGCAAACCAGCCAGGGUGAAGCCUGGCUGCUUUCAGUGUCGACUGAACGACUACCACUGCAAGCCGAAGCGGCUCUCUGGCGUCAGCACAAUCUAUCAGUCUUUCAAGUACAGUGGCAAAACUACAAGCGCAUUGGAGUCUUCAACAGCUACUCGAUCGUCAACGCCUUUGGUAUUUCGUACCCUAUGCAAUUGAUGGCUCUCAACGGCAGCUACCGCUGGAGCAGUCAGACAACGUACAAGAUGUACUGGUCGCUCGCCAACGAUCUCUCGGCGAUCGUGUCCAACACCAGUGGUAUUGGUGGCCUCAGUCUUAUGCGAACGAGUCCUCGGUUCGCCUUUGCCAACACUUCGCUGCAGGCCGUCUUGACGACCAACUUGACAUUGAUGUCGCCGUUGGCCAAUGGGUUAGCCCUUGUCGCAGAGUCCAUUGGCCCGUUCGGCGUGAUCGACUUGGUGUAUGUGAGUGUGCCAUCGCUCGUCGUGGAGCUUGUCCGAGACAUUCUCAACGACGCACGCGAAGCCAUGGCAGCGAAUGUGGACGCCCAAAAUUUGUACGCAUCGAUCGUACCCAACACCAUGUCGUGUCCGAUUCCAGCUGCGUGGAGCGCUUUGGAGACACAUGGGAGCAGCCCGCUGUGCCCCGAGUACCUGGUUAGCAAGCCGCUCGCAAAAUGCUUUUCGAACCUCGUGGCGUUCUCGUCGCCGUGUCUUCCCGCCGUACCGAGCCCGAGUCGCAUUACGGCAACGCGGACGCACUACUUAGUGUCGGCCAUCUUGGCGUCCGUGACGCACGCAACGAACCUCAGUGCGGUCUGCGCCGCCGACGCCAGCUUUGUGCCCGAGUGCCGAGUGCUUCUAAACACGACCCGCGCCUUUCUCACGCGGUACCUGGCACCGGCGACGUACGUUCAUCGAACGCACCUUGUCAAUAUUUUGGUGGACGACCUCAACAUCUCGUUCAUGGUUUACACGCCAACCCUGGCCACCUCGCUGCAGCUUUUGUCGACGCCGAUCUUUGACGCGCCUUCCUUUCGCUUCUUUGGGUGGACCUACCUGACGUCGUGGGUGCUGGGCCUGCGCGAAGUCAUUGCAUUCCAAGGCGAUCACGGAACGCUCACGCUCCUCGCAGACGAAGACCCGGAGCUCACGCAAGACGUCCUCGACUGGCAGCUUGCGACCAAUGCCGCGCAAUACUGGCAGUCGGGUGUCAUGUACGUUACGUGCGUGAUGCUCGCUGUCACCGUGAUCGUGUCGCUGUACGUAUUUGCGCUCCGCGGGCACAUUGAGGGUUUGAACAUGCUCGAGCUCUCGCGGGUGGGGGGCAUUGUUUGGCUUGAAACCUCGGGCGUCCUCAGUCGUUUUACAGCGCCACCAACACCGUGGUAUACGGUCCUCCUAGCCGCCGGCGAGACGACGUGGCUGGUUGCGGUUGUCAACGAUCUUGAGCUCAUUUUCACACGCGAACACGCCGCGCUCUUUGUGACGCCCAACAGCAUCCUCGUGUGGCUGCUUGUGGCUGUGCUCACAUCGCUGCAACCCAUCACGGCGUCGCUCACCAUUCAGAGAGAAUGUCACGUGACUGAAAUGGACUACCAAGUGCAUUGUCACAGCGCCGAGAUUGCCAUUGGCAGCGUGCACCGGCUCCUGCAAUUGCAUGCUAUCGUCCUUGGCUGCACGUGCGUGAGCUACUUGGUGGUGCGCAUACGGUCCGUGCCAUCGUGCCCGACGAACUCGCUUCUGCUCUCAAGUGGCGCCAAGUACCUCUUCUUGCAUGGUGGCCGCAUCCUUGACGAUGUGUACUACAUUGACCGGGCGUCAGCGGCGCUCACAGGCAUCCUCACGCUGCGCUAUGGCACUAGCGUCUAUGCACUCGACAUCAAGCUCUGGCGACUCGUCGUGACGCCGAUCCAUGACCGCGUUGUCCAUGGCUGGAGUGGCUCGGAAGCCGAGCUCGCUGCCACGUAUGCUCUAAUCGACUGA